AUGUCAGCUGAGUCGCCUGUUCGGUCGACGCGCCGUGCCACGCGCAAAACAUUCGUGGUUGAAGAGUCUGACGAUGAACUGAGUCUGGUUCAAGAGGAGAAGGAUGAAGAGUUUACACCUGCGCCAAAGCGAAGUCCGCGAAAGUCGACGAGGAGACAGACGACUGCAAGCGCGGCCGCAACACCGAAGCGUUCAGCGCGAGCCCGAAAGGUCAAAACAGGCGAAGGAAUCGAGCCUACGCAGAUAUUUGAUCCUGAGGAGAGUAUAGCGCCCAGCGAAGUUGCAUCUCCUGCGAAAAGCCCCUCGCCGCGUAAACGAAAGAGCACCUCCCCUCGAAAGGGCCGCAGAUCCUCAACGGCUCCUCCGGUACCUCCAUUGCCCUCUACCGCUGAUGGUCCUGGUAUGCAGUCGGUGCAGCAGACACAAGUGACACCUUUGAAGGACAUCACGAGCACCGCAUUGAACAAGCACGCGCAGCCCACGCCUGAUUUAGACAUGUUCAAAUCUUCUCGGCCUAUGGACAUGGUCAUGGAGAAGCCCAUGGAUAUAGUCAUUCGAGCCAGGACGCAGGCUGUGCCAGUGGUGGAAGAAGCUCCUGGGCCAAAGUCAAGGAUGGUCAUCCGACAGCUAGUCAUGACCAAUUUCAAAAGCUAUGCUGGACGGCAGAUCGUGGGACCAUUUCAUGCCUCAUUUUCUGCGGUCGUUGGCCCCAAUGGAUCCGGGAAAUCCAAUGUUAUCGACUCUCUACUGUUUGUCUUCGGGUUUCGCGCCAGUAAAAUGAGACAGGGUAAAAUCUCAGCCCUAAUCCACAACUCAGCACAACACCAAGAUCUAGACUACUGUGAAGUGGAGGUGUCUUUUCAAGAGAUUGUGGAUUUACCAGGAGGUAAACAUGAGGUGGUACCUGACUCGCAACUUGUCGUUUCACGAAAAGCGUUCAAGAACAACACUAGCAACUACUAUCUCAACGGACGCACCACAAAUUUCACCACAGUUACGACACUGUUGAAAGACAAAGGUAUCGACCUGGAUCACAAGAGAUUCUUGAUCCUUCAGGGAGAGGUCGAGUCCAUUGCACAAAUGAAGCCGAAAGCCGCCAAUGAGCAUGACGACGGAUUGUUGGAGUACCUCGAAGACAUUAUAGGGACAUCGAAAUAUAAAACUCCCAUCGAGGAAGCAGCAGUUGAACUCGAGAGCCUGAACGAAGUGUGCAUUGAAAAGCAGGGCCGUGUCCAACACGUUGAGAAGGAAAAGAACAGCUUGGAAGACAAGAAGAAUAAAGCCCUGACCUUUAUUCGUGACGAAAACGACUUAGCAGAGAAACAAUCAGCUCUCUAUCAGAUCUAUAUUGCAGAAUGUGAGGAUAACACUAAAGUCACAGAAGAGGCCAUUCAACAGAUCCAAGGACAACUGGAUGCCGAGCUCGAGAAGCAUGCCGGUAGCGAAGACACCAUCAAGGAGCUGGAGAGGGCUUACACUAAAGCGCUCAAGCAGUAUGAACGUAUCGAGAAGCAGACUCAAGAGCUUACGAAAGAACUAGCCAAAUACGACAAGGAGAAUGUCAAGUUUGAGGAAAAACGCAAAUUUAUCGCCGGAAAGCAAAAGAAAGCCGACAAGCAAGCCACGACAAGUCGAUUGGCGACAUCCGAAGCGCAAAGCCUAGUCGAGAAGCACAUGGACGAUAUUCAGCGGAAGACUGCCGAGGUGGCCGAGCUUGAACAGCAAAUGCGGAAAGAAGAGCAAGAGCUUGCUGUCAUUCGAGAAACCCUGAAAGGAAAAACGCAAGGUCUAUCCGAUCAGAUUGCCGCCAAACAGAAGUCGCUUGAGCCGUGGAAUGCCAAGAUGAAUAAAAAGCAGUCAGAGAUCGCAGUCGCGCAGUCAGAGCUGGAGAUUUUGAAGGAGAAAGCAAACAGUGGACAAAAGGCAAUUGACCAGGCAAAUGAGAAGAUCGAGAGUAUCGAGGCCAGCAGAGAAUCCAAAUUGGAGGAGAUCGAGCAGCAUAAGCACGCAAAAGCCCGGCUCGAGAAGGAUGUCAGGAAAAUACAAGAUGCUUUACAGAAGCUUGCAGCAAGUGAACCUGAAGUUCGAUCACAGAUCUCGUCGGCAAGACAGAAAGCUGAUGAAGCACGCGCCAGUCUCGCGAGCAGCCAAAAUCAAGGCAACGUGCUCAAAGGUCUCCUGCGGCUCAAGGACUCUGGACGGAUUGACGGCUUCCACGGCCGCCUUGGGAAUCUCGGCACCAUCGAUGAGCAAUUUGACGUCGCUAUUUCCACCGCUUGCCCGUCCCUGGAAAAUAUGGUCGUCGACAACGUCGAAGUUGGACAGCAGUGUAUCGAGUAUUUGCGGAAAAAUAAUCUUGGACGUGCCAACUUCAUCCUACUCGAUAAACUGGCACAGCGCGAUCUGUCCCCGAUACAGACACCUGAAAAUGUCCCGCGACUUUUUGAUCUCAUCAAGCCAAAGGAUGAACGUUUUGCUCCAGCAUUCUAUAGCAUCAUGCAGAAUACUCUGGUAGCAAAAAACCUGGAGCAAGCUAACCGGAUUGCCUACGGAGCUCGGAGAUGGCGUGUGGUCACCCUUGACGGCCAAUUGAUCGACGUCUCCGGUACCAUGAGUGGUGGUGGCACUCGGGUAGCCCGUGGCGCAAUGUCGUCGAAGCCUGUCUCGGAUACGACAAGGGAGCAAGUGCAGAAGCUUGAAAACGAGCGAGAUCAGCUCGAGCGACAAUUUGAGACUUUCCAAACGCGACAAAGAGAACUUGAGAUUAGCUUGCAAGAAAAGCAGGAGGAGAUCCCGAGGCUUGAGACAGUCAUACAAAAGAUCACCCUAGAAGUCGAGAAUUGCAGCAGAAACCUUACAGAUGCACAAAAGCGCGUGCAGGAUCUCAUGGGAGAGCUCGCUACCACGUCUGCCGACGAUUCACAGAUCAAGGCUCUUGAAAAGCAGAUAGCUUCCAUGAACAAAGAGCUUGAGAAGCUGCAUUCGGAAACAGCGAGUGUUGAGGGUGAGAUCCAGGCCCUUCAAGACAAGAUCAUGGAAGUAGGCGGCAUCCAGCUUCGCACGCAGAAAGCUAGGGUUGAUGGACUCAAAGAAAGGAUUGAUCUUCUCAAUGAUGACAUAUCUACUGCUGAGGUUGCGAGGACGAAGAACGAGAAGCUCAAAGUCAAGAACGAAAAGGCCAAGGCUGACGCUGAGAAGGAGAUUGAAAGCUUGUCGAAGGAUUUGGAGCGCCUGGAAGACGACAUCGAAAAGCACAAGGCCGGUGCAGCCGAUUUGCGAACUCGAAGUGAACAAUCACAGGAAGAGCAAGACACCAUGAAGGAAGAACUUGGAAACCUUAAGAAGGACCUUGAUGCUCAGACCUCGGACUUGAAUUCCACUCGAGCGCUGGAGAUCGAAAUGAAGAACAAGCUUGAAGAAAACCAGAAGGUUCUUUCGGACAAUCAUAAAAAGAGCCGCUACUGGGCGGAGAAGCUGUCCAGGCUGUCCCUGCAUGAUAUUGCUGACCUAGAGGGCGUUCCUGAACACCAGCAAGCGGAAGAACAACCAAAGCAACUGCAGUCAGCUUCAGACAAUGAACAAGAAAUGGUAGACGCUCCUCCCCAGACAGAGGCCGACCCUGAUGCCAUGGAUGUCGAUGAAGACGAGCAGACUCAAGAGCAGCCAGACAUGUCCUCCCAGAAGCAGCCGCCACGAAGAGAACUUCAGACUUUUACUCGCGACGAAUUGAGCGACAUGUCCAAAGAUCACCUCGUCGCGUCUAUCGCAGCGUUGGAAGAAAAAGUGGGCAAUGCAUCAGGUAUCGAUCUUUCAGUGAUAGCUGAAUAUCGCCGACGCUGUGACGAGGUAGCUUCGCGUACAAGCGACCUCAGGAGUGCUGUCAAGACAAGGGACUCGGCCAAGACGCGUCUCACCGACCUUCGAAACCUUCGCCUGACCCAGUUCAUGACGGGCUUUACCACGAUCUCGUCCCAUCUCAAGUCCAUGUACCAGCUUAUCACGCUUGGUGGCAAUGCGGAACUUGAACUCGUCGACAGUCUUGACCCGUUUUCGGAAGGAAUCUUGUUCAGCGUCAUGCCGCCCAAGAAGAGCUGGAAGAAUAUUGGUAACUUGUCCGGUGGAGAGAAGACACUAAGCUCUUUGGCGUUGGUGUUUGCUCUGCAUGUCUACCGACCCACGCCGUUAUAUGUCAUGGAUGAGAUUGACGCUGCCUUGGACUUCAGAAACGUUUCGAUCGUUGCAGGCUACAUCAAAGAACGAACCAAGAAUGCACAAUUUAUCGUUAUUUCUCUGCGAAAUAACAUGUUUGAACUUGCGGAGCGGCUGGUCGGCAUCUACAAGGUCAACCAUAUGACCAAGAGUGUGACGGUGGAGAACCGAGAUUACCUCGCCCAAGGUCGCCAGCGGCAGAUUCAGGCACAACAGCAAAAUCAUGGUGGAGCAGGUGUACAGGGCGGACAGAUUCGGUGA